AUGGCACUUGCGGAAUACAUAUUUACUUCGACUCUGAAACUGCUGUUGAUCAAGAACUUUUUGAAAAGUGUGAAAGCUCACGUAGACAACAAACUCCUCCAAGUUUUUCACUGUUAUUGUGGGCAAACCUACACUUUCCAGCUCAAGCAAGGAGAGUUCAACUUCACUUCCAAACAUUACACCAUUUCCCGUAUCGCUACUGAGCAACAGUGUGCACAGCUCCCAAAAUUUGUCAUACAUGAAGAUAACCAUGGUUCUGAUGAUGAUAAGCCUGAAGAGAAACCAGUAGAACUAAAGGGUUCUUCUGGUUACCAAAACGCUGUUGCAGAGGUAGCGGGUGGUGUGACACCAAAAGUUAGAGAGACAAGAAAUGACAACCAUCAACCAUCCUCAUCUGUUGUACCAGCAAUCGUUCGUCCUGCAGCAAGCAGUCUGAUACUUGAUCGAAAUGAGACUGGAAAGAAGGGGCGCAGAACAU